AUGCGCUUUCAGGUCGACAUCCUCCAUCUUGAUACAAGCCUUGUCCUGUUGGCCUUCGGAGCUGUUGCCCUGGUUCUUUUUGGUGUCAUUCAAGCUCGACUGCGACGUGACAAACUGCGUCAUGUUGACUAUUCUCAACUACAACGUCAUGGCUUCGCAGUGGGAACAACGAAAAAGGGUGCCUCGGACUUGGGCUACACAAACGUUUUCCCUCCUUCACAGCGAGCUGCAGCCUUUCCCAAUGACGCGACCGCAGAUUUAACAUCUGGCAGCAAGCACAUCCUAGAGAUAGGUAAGGACUACAGACUUGCCAACCUUUCAAGCUACAUCUUUAGCGGCUUCUCAGUUAGAGAAGUCCUUUCUUUGGGGGAUUUCCCAGACUAUGCGAAGCUAUCUGGCGUUCCCCUACCGUCCCCUCUUCCAAACUUCAACGUGGAUAAAGCUGUUCCACGGCCGUACCGACCUUUGAGAUGGGUUUACCACCAAACUAUGGCCUUCAAGAAGAUGGACCCCGACUUCUGGAUCGAACUGGAAAGCACAUACCGAGAGCGAAUGCGUCAACGCCAAGAGGUCUGCGCAAAACAUGGCAAGGAAGUCAUACAGGCGUUACCUGGCUCCGAGCUUGCCUGCAAAGAGCUAAUGGAGAUGGUGAUUCAAUUCAUAUGCACGCGUUAUCCGAAUCAGUUCCAACUCAUUGGCACCACCUUGGUCAACCAUAUUCUUGGGACAAAGCAUAACCUCAAGGAGCACGAACCUCUCCACAUUCUUCGUGACAAUGUGCCCGAGGACUUUGCAAUCAUGUUAAAGGAUGAAAAGACAGGUCAUUAUGUCUUUAGAGCUGGCAUCAUUUGCUCCUCCAUUGGCUGGAACCUAGGGAGGAAGAUGAAUCAAGACCUUGAUGUUAUCCACAGACCGGUUCCCGAAUACAAGGAAAAGAUGGGAUUUAGCAUGAACCGGUUCUUCAGCAAGAUGCCAACAUCCAAUCCCAUACAAAGAGGUUCAUGGGGCCUCUCUCAAGGCCAACCGCUCUAUCUACCAGGCGAUCCAAGCAAGGCCAGCCUCAAGUACCGCGACGCACCCAACCCCUCACUAAAGCCCGAUGACAUCUUUUUGCGAACCGACUGGCAGACACUACGUCGUCUUCCCCUCUCCGGCGCCGUCGUCUUCAACUUCAAAGUUCUAUUCACGCCAAUCACAGAAUUCGAGGAUGAACCGUAUAUACCGUCCCUGAUGCUUAAGAUCUUGAACGACGGGAAAGAGAACCUGAUGGAACAUAAGGCGACGCGGCAUGUGGAGCAUGUCACUAAACCCACGUUGGAGAUGUAUGAGCGUCUUCAGAUCGAGAAGGGGUUAAUCCCGAGUGACUGGGAGCCAAGGACGUUGGAUGAAAGUCCCUUCUUUCCUACGUGGGAGAAAAAGUGGCGAACCAGUUGA